UAAUGGCAGUCCCUUGCAGGUUGAUGCUCUGGUCCUGAUCAAUUGCGCAGUGGGCACCUCAGGCUGGCUGGAGUGGGGGUAUCAGAAACUCAACAUCCACCAACUGAAAGCUGGUACCAUGACUGCCGGUACCGUGGACUACCUCAUGUGGCACCACUUCGGCAAGGUGGAUCAGUGCAGCCAGGACGUGGUGACAAUGUACCGUCAACUCUUCGAGUCUCAUGUCAACGCUGGCAACCUGGCACAGCUGAUCGAGACCUACGUCGCUAGGACGGACAUCGGCUGCGUCAGGGAGAUGGACCCCGACAAGAAGAAGGAGGCUCGUAUGGUGCGCUGCAACGUCCUGAACAUCACCAGCAACUACAGCCCUCACGUGGACGACACCGUCGCCCUCAACGCCAGGCUCGACCCUGCCUGCUGCUCCUGGAUGAAGAUCCAGGACUGCGGGCUGGUGCUGGAGGAGCAGCCCGGCAAGGUGAUAGAGGCGCUGCUGCUGUUACUGCAGGGCCAAGGCUAUGCAGUCCACAUCCGCCGGUUGGGGGGGCGCCAGAACUCCCUCCCCCUCGUCGGGGACCCCCCCGCCGUGAAGGGAGGCUCCGCCCUUCCCUCUGUUCCCGACGAGGGUCGAGGCUCGCCAACCAAUGAGGAGACGGAUGCCAGUCACGUGACCGAAAUGGGUGAUGACGUCACGACUACGUCAUCAGGCGCAGGUGCCUCGACCAAUCACGACGCUGCUGGUGGUGACGACAUCGUGGUGGGCGGGGCCUCAGACACUGAUAUUCACAUCACUGUUCAUUGAGAACGCCUUGGAGCAUCCGGCGCCCGGCGGUCUAAAGAUCAUUUAUUUCUGAAAGAUGUUCAAAAGACUCAUAUUAUUUUGG